AUGUAUAGUUUGAUGAUGGAGAGUGAGCUGCAGUCUCCGGGGCAUCAGAUCAGUCCAGCGGGUGGCGGGACCACUGUGCCGGCCCAGGGCGCCAACGGCAAACUGAGUGGCGAGCGAGUCAAGCGACCCAUGAACGCCUUCAUGGUGUGGUCCCGGGGACAGCGGCGGAAGAUGGCUCAGGAGAAUCCCAAGAUGCACAACUCGGAGAUCAGCAAGCGGCUGGGAGCCGAGUGGAAGUUAAUGUCCGAGGGCGAAAAGCGGCCCUUCAUCGACGAGGCCAAGAGACUCCGGGCGUUGCACAUGAAGGAGCACCCGGAUUACAAGUACCGGCCCCGACGUAAGACCAAGACUCUGCUCAAGAAGGACAAGUACUCUUUGCCGGCCGCUUUGCUGCCUCAAGGCCCCGGCGCCCUCGGUCCGCCUGUAGCCUUAAAUCAGCGGCUGGACGGGGCGGGAGCUGCCGGCGCUUACGGUCACAUGAACGGUUGGGCGAAUGGCUCUUACCCCGGUUCGGCGGCAGCAGCGGCGGCCGCGGUCAUGAUGCAGGAGCAACUAUCUUACACCCAGCACCCGGCGCUGGCAGCGGUCGGGGGAGGAGGAGGAGGAGGGGGAGCAGGGAGCACUGGCGGAGGCGGCGGGGGCGCCGGCGGACCGGCCGUCCAUCACCACCAUCACCAUCCGCAGCAGCUCCACCGCUACGACAUGCCCAUCCAGUAUAGCCCACUCGCCAGCACGCAGGGCUAUAUGAGUGGCUCCCCCUCCUAUAGUACCCUCUCCUCUGGCUACGGCCACCAGCCCCCCGGCGCCAUCCAACUGGGCUCAAUGGUCAAAUCGGAGCCUGCUCCCAGCCCCCCGCAUUCUCGCCCACCUUGCUCCGGGGACCUGAGGGAGAUGAUCAGCAUGUACUUACCGGCAGGCGGAGAAGCCGGCGACCCAUCUCCCAACAGACUGCUGCCGCUUGCUCAGCACUAUCAGAGCCCGGCCACGGGCGUGAAUGGGACCAUCCCACUAACUCAUAUGUGA